AUAUGUAUAUGUAUAUUGUACAUGCUUUAUAUACACUAUAUAUUCUGAUUCCUAGCACAUUUCCCCCUUCUAUCCUCCUUCCCCCAAUCCCAUCCAUUCACUCCCAUAUUACAAUGUUUCCCUCUGCCCAUGUAGAAACCCCCAGUGAGCUCUGCCCUCCUCAUUACUCUUCAGGAGGCUCUCCUGCCCAUUCACACAGCUGCUUCCUUUACCCUUGUGGUUUCUGGCUGGCAAUUUUACUUCCAAGUACAAAGCCGCUAACUGAAACCAAGAGUUGUGUGAAAGUUCUAGGUUUUUGGAAACUCUCCUAGGAGAGGCCUUGUUCUCUUCUUUUUCUCCUGGUGACUAUUUUUGGACCUGAGGGAAUGUCCUCGCUGCAGAGAUGUAACAGCCGCUUUAGCAAGAAGGAAAUAAAAAGCUGGAUCAGUUUACUCUGUGGCCUGUUAAAAUAUUUAUGAAGGAAGAGUGCCCCCUACUGGCUAAGAUGGACAGAGACAGUGAGCAAGUCUGGAGACAUUUCUGUUCUAUGCAGAAGCCUUUCUCCUGGCAGGAGAUGUUUUUUCAGAGCAAAAAAGGCUCAUUCUUGGAAGGAACUGACUCCAAUAGUGUAAUAAGCCAAUUUCCAUAGCUUUUGUAUAUUUUUGAAAAAACAUACUUUUCUUAAAGAGUAGUUAGCUUCAGAGCAAAAUUGAGUAAAAGAUAUCAAGAUUUUUCUCAUAGUCCCUGGUUCUGUAUCUACAUUGUCUCUCCCAUUAUCAAUAUUCCCCCACCAGAUGGAAUAGUUGUUACACUUGCUCCCAAGAGUUACAAUUGCUUCUUAUGGUUGAGAACCAAUCUGAAAUAUUGCAAUGGUCUGUGGCUCUCCAAAGCUUGACCUUGGAGCGGUCUAACAAAACCUUAGCAUUUAUUGUCUCUCAUUGGGUUUUCUUGGGUUUUACACAGAAUCAAUGACACAGAGUUCUUGGAAGAUACCCAAACUGUCUGCAAGAUCAGUGUGACAAACCUAGGAAUAACAGGAAUAAUUUAGGAUUGAAGGAGUUUCUCUCCAUCAUUUCCUGGAUCUCAAAGUCUGACCUGGAGAGGGGAUCUGUGCUUACUUGUGAGCUGCCAUCGGAUGUCUUGUGGAUGUUGCUUGUCUGAGCCUCCCCAAGAAGGGAAAAUAUGAGUUCUGUAAGCAGAAAAGACUUCUUGCAGGCUUUGGCAAUAAAAUACAAAUAGAUUAUAUUUUAUGAUUUAGUUGUACAACACUUAUUCAACACAUCAGUAAUUAUCUAGUGCUAAACAGAAAACAUAUUUUGACAAUACCUUCAAGAGUAUCUAGUAGCAGGUGAAGUUAAAAAUGAUUUUGUCAUAUGAGGCAACAUUAAAAUUCAGUACACUAAAACCAGAUGUUAGAAAUAAUUUAAUUUUUCACUUGCUUUUAAUAAUUUGGAAUGGUUUUAAAUGGGUUUUUUUUAAAGAUUUUAUUUAUUUGAAAGAGAGAGAGAGACAGCGAGAGAGGGAACACAAGCAGGGGGGUUGGGAGAGGGAGAAGCAGGCUUCCCGCGGAGUAGGGAGCCGGAUGCGGGGCUCGAUCCCAGGACCCUGGGACCAUGACCUGAGCUGAAGGCGGAUGCUUAAUGACUGAGCCACCCAGGCGCCCGGAUUUGAAAUGUUUAAGUACACCAAAAUCAUUAUAUCUUUUUAGAAAUUGUUAAUUUGCAUAUGUCCUUUAUAUAUUACAAUUUAUAUAUAUAAAUAAAUUAUAAGUCACUCAUCAAAUUUACUUAUAUACUUAAGCAUCAAUAGCUUUAAAAUUUAACUUUUAGCUUAAAAUAUUUAGUCAUUCGUAACCCUGAAUUGAAUAAACUUCACACUUUCUUUUUUACCUAUAAAGCACAGAUAUAAAUACAAUAUGUAACUAUAUAUACUGUGUAUCCAUGCUAUUAAGUUUUCUUGGAAGGUUCAAUUAAAAAACAUCCAAAAAGACUGGAGGCAAGAGACAAUAAUGAAUAAAAUAAUAUAUGGUUGAGAAACCCAUGCUCUAAACCCAAGGAGAAAGUACAGAAGGGAAAGCAAAAAGAGAAGUGGAACAUAAGGGAAACGUUCAGAAAUUGAAAACUCCCAUGUCCCCUACUUAAGCCACACACACAAGGGAAGAUGUUCAGAGAACCUAGAGCCACGGUUCCCAGACUUGCCCACCCCAGCCAGGCCAGCAGCAUCUGCAGGAUCCCCAAUGGCCCUGCCCUUUUCCUUCUUGGUGGCCCUGGUGGUGCUCAGUUGCAACUCGCUCUGCUCUCUGGGAUGUGACCUGCCUCAGAACCAUGGUCUGUUUGCCUGGAGGGCCUUGAUGCUCCUGGGACAAAUGAGGAGAAUCUCCCUUAUCUCUUGUAACAAGCACACAAGUGACUUUGCCUUCCCCCAGGAGGUGCUUGCUGGCAAGCAGUUGCAGAAGGCUCAAGCCCUCACUGUCGUCCAUGUGAUGAACCAGAAGAUCUUCCACCUCUUCUGCACCGAGGCUUCAUCUACUGCUUGGAACGAGACCCUCCUAGAGGAGUUCUGCUCGGGAAUUUAUCAGCAGCUGACCAAUCUAGAAGCCUGUCCCAUGCAGGAGGCUGGGGUGGCAGAGACUCCCCUCAUGAAGGUGGACUCCAUCCUGAGGAACUACUUCCAAAGAAUCUCCCUCUAUCUGCAAGAGAAGCAAUACAGCCCUUGUGCCUGGGAGAUUGUCAGAGCAGAAAUCACGAGCUCCUUGUUUUCAUCAACAAUCUUGCAAGAAAGAUUAAGGAGCAAGAAAUGAGACCCAUUUCAACAUAAAAUGAUUUUCAUUGACUAAUAAUCAUACUUUCCCUUGUUCUGCUGUGUCAAAGACUCUCAUUUCUGCUGUUAUGGUGACAUCAACAGAAUGCAUUUGUUAAAGGUUUUCAGAAGUAUUAAGCGACAUGUCAACUCUACAAGCAGUCGUCGCUUAUAGUUGACCGUGCUCAUGUCUAUUUAUCUAUUUAAAUAUUUAUUUAUGUAAAUGUCUAUACGAUUUGGAUUUUUUCAUGUAAUAUGUGCACCUUUAUA